AUGGUGCGACUGCGUCUGAUACCAAGUGUAGUGCCCUCGGUGUACUUCAUCGCAGCUUUUUUGAGCUGCUGGCGCGGCGGGGAGAUCCUCAGAGCGCGUGGCAUCCCCGGACACAACCCCGGGAGAAUCGCCAACGAUGAACCUUUUCUGCAGGGGCUAUCUGCGACAGACACAUACUUUGCUUCCCAUGAGCCUUCACCCCGCUUCAGUGGAUUCGAAGCAGAAGGUGGCGGCCUCCUCGACGUGGUGAACCCCGCGUUCUGGGAUGCAGCGAAGUACCUGAAACUGGCAGAGGUGCCGGUUGAAGGGAAUACAGCCUUGCUAGAUGACGAAGAGACGCUAAACGACAGCGACAAAAUGAUUCAGGUAGAAGCAACUCCCUCCGUUGACUAUUUGACGGUAGAGGAGGUUAUACCAGGUUCGGUGUCAAGCAACCACAGUACGACGGCGCCAGAGGUGGGUAACGAGCACGCGAUCUCGCUCCGAGCGCGGAAAGAUGGUACAGAAGUCGAAGACGCGUCGAGCGCCCCCCUUUCUGCGCUGUGUUCCCUUGCUGAGGUGACGGUUACAUACAGGGACAACGAGGCGCAUCUGCUCAUGUUUUCUGCUGUUAUCACGUCGUAG